GAACGCUGGAGCAGCGUAGUCUUCCUGCUGGCCAUUUGCCUGCAACAGACGUACUCCGAGAGUCAAAGUUCGCCCCGUUAUCUGCAAAGCAUUGACAUCGGCACCAACGCCAGCAGCAACAACAACGAGAGACUGCAGCAGAUCCUGAAAGGAGCUGGAGCCACGCAAAUCAAUUGGCCACAACGCUCCAAGCAGGGCAAACCCGACAUUAAGACUGAGUUAGCCAAACUAAAUACCACCUAUAUAUACCAGAAUGCCUGGCCAGCGAACAAUGUGAAGCUGGGCGCUGUGACAGCCGUGAGCUUCGACAAGGCCGGCAAUGUAGUCAUCUUCCAUCGGGUGGACCGCAUCUGGGGCCAGGACACCUUCGACAAUGGCAAUCAGUUUCGGGAGAAGUACCGCGGGCCCAUUCGGGAGAGCACUGUUCUGGCCUUGGAGCCUGCCACCGGCCGCGUGCAAUACGAUUGGGGCAAAAACUUCUUUUACAUGCCCCACGGCCUGACCGUGGAUCCCGAGGACAACGUCUGGCUGACAGAUGUGGCAAUGCAUCAGGUGUUCAAAUUUGCGCCACGCGGCGCUGGCAACAAGCCACUGCUGACGCUCGGUGAGGCAUUCCAGCCGGGCUCCGGCAAGAAGUUCUGCAAGCCCACCUCUGUGGCCAUCUUGGACAACGGAGACUUCUUUGUAGCGGAUGGCUACUGCAAUGCCCGCAUCCUCAAGUACUCCAGGGCGGGCGAGCUGAUACUGUCAUGGGGUCAGAACUCCUUUUCCGGCGUCUCCUAUGAUGUGGCACCUCAGAAUUACUUUGCCGUUCCGCACGCCCUGACUCUGGUCCCAGAGCUGGAGCUGCUGUGUGCUGCCGACCGGGAGAACGGACGGGUGCAGUGCUUCCACUCGUGCAACGGCACCUUCCACUCGCAGUACCACAAUCAACUGAUUGGCGAUCGACUGUUCAGCAUGGCCUAUACUCCGGCAGCAGGUGGAGAACUGGUCAUUGUCAAUGGCCCCAGUGCAGAGUUGGGCAUUCAUCCGGAUCAUUAUAGCGAAGUCCAUGGCUUUGUGAUGAGCAUGAGGAACAGGCAAUUAGUCUCCAAAUUUGGGCCAAACAAUUUGGAAUUCAAGAAUCCCCACGACGUGGCCGUAACAGCCGAUGGCAAUGAGAUCUAUGUGGCCGAACUGAAUCCCAUGCGUAUCCACAAGUUCUUGCACAAAUCCCUGGCCAAACCCAUGUCACUGUCGGCCACAAAGGAGGGCCAAAGCAGAGGUGGUGUGCCUGCCGAGGCACCGGCGGCUGGAGUCGACCCAAGCCAGGCGACGACACACCAUCCCAGUGGCAAGGCCGUGCUGGUGGCCUCGCUAAUGCUGAUAUUUGCCGGCUCCACUUUUGCGCUGGCUCUGCUCAUGGCCAGGCGGCGGAAACGAGGUUGCUUGCCGUUUGGCGCCCGCAGUCGGCGACAUGCCUGGGAGAAGGCGGAGGGCUUCAAGCUGGGCGGUCUGUUGGACAGGGAUCGCAACGGCUUCGAGAAGCUCGACCAGCAGGCCAGCGAUGAGGAGCAGGAGACAAGCACACUGGCGAGUGCCGCCCCAUACGCCUAGACAGGACCAAGACUUAUGUAAAUCUAACUGAGAAAUCAUUCCUAGCCUAGUUCUAGUUCUAACUACCUGUACCUCUCAGAGAUUCGACUUAGUUGUACACACUCUCUCUCCCUUUUAUACAUUCUGCGAUUUUAGUUCUCCCCUUCGAGAUCAUUUUGAUUUUAAUGUAUUUUAAUGUUAUUUCCUACUGCGAUUGCGCUCAAUCCUUUUGAUUUGCCAAACGGGAAUAUAUAGUCUUAUGAAACUUCAU